AUGAAUUUCUUGUUAAUAUCGUGUUUUUCUCUGUUACUAAUCUUUCCCGUCCAACUGUUUACUUCUGUCGUUCGGCUAGAGAAUUUAAUUGUGGAACCCGAAAGAAAGCUUGAAGAACGACAAAAUUCUUCAAUAGAAUCGUAUAUAAGUGACAAUGAAGCUAAAUUAAUAAAAAGUGCGGGAAUAAUUCAACAACGGCAAUCCUAUAUAUACCCAAAUUUCGGAAACCCCCUGUUCCCCUUCGGUAAUCCAUUCACUCCUGGUUUACUACCUCCUUUAUCUGGGACACUACCAUUUCCAUCUCCAACAUCAUUUCCUGGUCCGGCUCCUUAUCCCACACAACCAUUUCCAGCGCUACCGCAACCACUUCUUCCGCCAUUAUCCCAACCGUUUCCAUUAUCUCCGACGUUCCCACACCCUUUCCAAUACUCAGCCUAUUACAAAGGACUAGACACGGAGACAGAUAGGACUACUUAUGAUCUUUCGGGCAAAAAAAGAUACCCAUCAAUAACUGGUGGCGAUCCGGCAAACGAAGCUGCGAAAGCAAAUGAUAAAAAGUCGACAACAGACAAAGAAUUGAACGCUGAAGUGGAAACUGAAGAAAGUGAUAUAAAGCAGCUCGGUAAAAAAGAUUCUAAAUAA